AUGCCGUUCCUGAGCCCCCUCCCGGGCGACGACGCCGACGACUACUACUACGGCUACGACGCCGGGUACCGCCGCGGCGGCGGCAGCGGCACCGGCGGGAAGAGCGCCAAGAAGGACAAGGGCAUCUUCUCCUGCCUCCCCUGCUUCACCCCCUUCUCGCCCGGGGCGGUGGACCCGAUGGCGCACCGCCGCCUCCUCUCCUCCGACUCCAGCGACAGCGACAACGCCGCCGCCACCGACAUCACCGCCGAUCUCGCCCGCCUCCGCCUGCGCUACUCCCGCCUCGCCGCCGGCCCGCCCGUCCGCCCGCGCGACGUCCCCGCCCUCGUCGCCCGCACGGACGACCCGCCGCUCGCCGUCGCCGCGCUCUCCUGGCUCGGCGGCGACCUGCGCCCGUCCUGCAUCCUCGCCCUCCUCCCGGCGCUGUUCCCGUCCCUGCGAACAAGCGAGUCCGAGGGCGACCUCUUCCUCCCCUCCAACGAGCGCCAGUCGCAUGCGCUCUCUGCCGCCAGGCGCCGCCUCCAGGCCCGCGAGGCCGCGCUGGACGGCGAGGUGGCCGAGUACCAGUCCACCUACGCCAUGAAGCUGGCGUGCGAGAAGACCAAGGAGGGGUUCGCCGAGACGGCGGCCGAGGAGGUGUGCAAGAUGGCGCGCGCCGCGCGGCGCGCCGACAAGCUGCGGUGGCGCGCCGUGGAGGCCGCCGUGAAGGAGGUGCUCACGCUGGCGCAGGCCAAGGAGUUCCUCAAGGCCGUCGAGGACGUGUCCGGCAAGGCCGGGCGGCACGGCGCGAGGUGGCAGGCGCGCGCUGGGCCCCUCUCGGUGCCCGCCGAGGCGUUCGAGCGCAUGCGUACCAAUGCCAGAGCAGCCGCAGAUGAUGCGUGGUGA